AGAAGCUUCUAAAGUCAAAAAUGUUCCACAAAGUGGUAAGCGCAACUCGUACUCCGUCGCAAUCUCUCUCACCGCCGGGCGAUGCAUCUCCGUCGAGUCUCAUUGCCAUUCCUCCUCCGCACUUGUAUCGGUCCACGACUCACGCUCCGCCACAAGACCCUUCUUCCCCCGCCGCUACUCGUACAGGAGUUGUGGAGAAGUUGAUGCAUAAGAAUGACUUGAAUACUUAUUGUCAGAGGUUAAGCAUACCACUCCCAGUGUAUCAAACUGCAUUCGGAGGUUGUGGUCAUGCUCCGACAUUUACAUCUUCUGUUUCUGUUGGUAAUAAGAUCUUUACUUCCCCAAAUACAUUCCCUAACCGGAAAUCUGCAGAGCAAGAUGCUGCUAAGCUUGCAUUACAACACCUACUAAACGAGGAUGAAGUUAGUGCUACAAAUCUACGCGGGAUCCUCCGCAAGUUCGUAUGUCAGGACAAAACACGUUGCAAGAUGAUAUUAAACGAGUUUCUUGCUAAGAUAAAGAUGGAAUGCACAUAUGAGACAGUUCAAGCUGAAAAGGAUCCCGUGUUUGUUUCCUAUUUGGCACUCAAUGGUACUUGUUAUAGAGGUGAAGGUGGUAAAAAUAAGAAAGAUGCUGAGCAACUAGCUGCACUUGCAGCUAUCCUCUCCCUUUUAAAUGAUCCUACAUAUGCCACACCGAUUUCUGAAGUCAUCAAGUCGAAAUUUAAUGCUUGUGCUGUCUUAAAUGAGCUCAAGGACGUUUCAGAUACUCGUGAUUGUUCUGUCACCGACAAGGGUGUGGCUGGUCACCCGACUGGAGCAGUGACCAUGUCAAGGUGCUCUGAUGUAAAUCUGCCAAGAACUUCACCGAUAUUCUCAAAACCACAACAUGAAAUCAAAUUGCCAGAGGCAGCACAAGGGGCUUCUGAGCAAAUCGCUGUUCCAUUACAGUUUGUGCCACCACCAGCACACAAUCCGGCUAAUAAUUUGGUCUCUUCCAAAAAGAGACGAAGGAAGAACAAGAAGAAUGGAAACAAGAGAUUGCGAGCUGAUAACAAACCUGGAGGCUGUAGUGAUAUCCGUUCAGAAUGUUAACUUGUCGGACUUACCAAGAUCACUCGCAUGAAGGUUUAUAUAAGAUAGGAACUGUUGUUUGCUUACGAGUCCAGAAGGCUCAUGUCAUGUAAUGUCAUGUCUUGUAUUAUCUUGUACUUUAUUUUAUGAUCCGAGCCCUAGCUAAGACUGUAUCUGUUAUAUUUCAUGUAACUCUUGGAUCUUGUUUUGGUAAAUAUUGCCAAAAAUUAAAUGGACUAACUUCGAUUCUGGUUCAA